AUGUCGUCUCACCACAUCACCAAAAUCACACAAACGACUUUCAAAGAUGUCUUGUCGCGAUACAAACCCGCUGUGCCUGAGAAACUCCACGAUCUAGACGCGCUGCGCUACGACACCAUUCCCACCGCCGUCGCAAAGAGAAAGGCUGAUGAUCGCCACCUCACAAAAGAUGAAGUCGAAAAACUUGUAGAAUGGAAGCUAAAACACGGCACUUUCCGCCCGAAACUACUCUCACUCGUGCAAUCCAACCCAGCAGACGUAGUGCAAGAAACGACAACAUCGGCUUUCAAAAUGAUUCCUAAGCAGCCAUUACCAGCUCUAAAGAUCCUGACAAAUCUCAAAGGCAUUGGGCCAGCAACUGCAUCUUUGCUGCUUUCUGUGGCUGCACCAGAUGUCGUUCCGUUCUUCUCGGACGAGCUGUUUAGAUGGUGUAUGUGGGAUGAGUCGGGGAGUCCGAGUGGGUGGCAACGCAAGAUCAAGUAUAAUGUGAAAGAGUAUGAGAUGCUGCUGGAGAAGGUGAAUGUGCUGAUUGAGAGGUUGGGUGUCAGAGCGGUGGAUGUUGAGAGAGUGGCUUGGGUAUUGGGCAAGGAGAGUGUUGACAUUGACGCUGGAAGCGAUGGCGUUGGGGAAGAAAAGGGCGAGCAAGAUGAAGCCGAGGAAGAGAAAGUUACAGAAGAAAAGACGGUGAAGAAAGAGGUCAAGAAGGGUACAAAAAGGAAGGCGAGCGAGGCGAAACCGCCUACUGAGGGCACGCGAAAGAGCACACGGACUAAGAAGUAGUGUGGUUUAUUUAUUACAGUCGGAAAUCCAGCUACAUCCCAAU